AUGUUACAUGGUACAAUAAUAAGUUUAAUAAUUUGUAAUCUUCUAAUUGUAAAUAGUUGGAAAGUUGCACAUAAACAUGUCACUCAAUAUUUAACACUUGUCUAUGUACACGGUGGUAAUGAUGCUCGAUUGAGUCAUUAUGAUGCUAUUGACUUCUGUCGUUUAUUGCCUAAAAUACCAGAUUUGUUAAAUCCAGUAGUGGCAAGAAAUGCUACAGAGAAUGGGAUCAGUUUGAAGGCAUAUUUGGACAGUAUGAUCACAGUGAAUGGGACGAAUAGUGAUGAUACUUCGACUACCACAACCAGCACCAUCACCACCACAACCACAACAACAACAACAACUGUUCCUACACCUUCAACGACUCCCGCUACUUCAACCGCUGCUCCAGUUACAACUCCUGAAGCUACCACCAGUACUACUUCUACUACCCAUACUGCAACAGAAAAAACUCCAAUUUCAACUAAUUCUAGUACUUCUACAGUUAACGGAGUAAGUCAUACAAUGAAGAAGAAGAGUACUUAUAGCGGUGGAACUGGAUCAAGCUCGACUAACCACAUACUCCACGGUGAUUUACUUUCAUUGCAUAGUCCAGCUAUGAUACAUACAUUAAUGGGUUGGGCAUUAUCCAUUGAAGCAAGACAAUUUUGGAUUGGUGGACUGGUGAAAUCAAUCGUGCAUGAAUUCAAUGGUCAAGAUAGACACUUGAUUCAAACUUGGACUGAUCGAACACCGGUGACAAUACGUUUUCUGCAUCAUCAUAACCCUUUAGUUGGUCAAUUACAUCCAAAUGAAAUCGCCUGUCUAUCUGUGGACUAUGCCAGUGGUAAAUGGGGUGUACAUUACUGUAAGGAAGCGAAGUAUUUUGUAUGUGAAUUACUGAAAUUACCAAAGAGACGACCACAGACGGUAACAAAGGAAGGAGAACAACAACAGCAUAACGCUACUACUACAUCGACUAAAGGACAUCAGAAGACGAACAAUUAUCUACAAUCAUCGAAAGUGACUCAUUUGAGUAAAUUAGGCAUGAACAAGACAGAGAAUGCAACAACAUCACACGAAGCAGUGAGUAUUACCCAUACCACGGCUAGUACUCCCACGACUUCACAAUUAACUACGCCGGCAACAACAACUACUACUAAUACCGCUUCCACUAGAGAAUAA